UUAGGGGGCCCGCCCCCCAGUGGCUCCCCUCAGCGGCGCCUCUGCGCGGCCUAGGCAGGUGGAACAGAAUGAAAGAAGUAGACAAACUUGAAACUAUAAAAGAAGAGUGGGUUCGUGAACCAGGAUCUGACAAGCAGAUUCUUCGUGGUCAUGAACAAAACACUUAUGAAUAUUUAGUUGACAAUCUUUUUGAAGAAGCUCAGAAAGUUGGAGCAAUAUGCCUGUCACCAAAGGAUGUCAAGAAGAAACAGGUUGAUGUAUGUAUCAGACUGUGGAAAAACGGUUUCACGGUAAAUAACGAUGAACUCAGAAGCUACACCGAUAGCGCAAGCCAACAGUUCUUGGACUCCAUAAAGAAAGGGGAAUUGCCUUUGGAAUUGCAGAAAGUGUUUGAUAAGGAAGAGGUGGAUGUGAAGGUUGAAGACAAGAAAAAUGUGGUGUAUGUGUCUAAGAAGCCAAUAUUUCAGCCCUUUUCGGGCCCAGGUUACAGACUGGGAAGUGCCACACCAAAAAUAGUUUCCAAAGUAAAUAACAGUGGUGAAGCUAAGAACCAAAAGACGCUCUCUUUCAUCCCAUUGAACGAUUUAGAGCCCAGCACUGACGUGCAGAUCUGGUUAGCUGAUGGGAAAAGGAUCAUUCAGAAAUUUAAUGUUUCUCACAGAGUCAGCCACGUCAGAGACUUCAUCAGGAAAUACCAAGGAUCUGCAAGAAAUGUCCCUUUUACCCUUAGGACAGCUCUUCCUUUCCUCAAGCUUCUGGAUGAAACGCUCACUUUAGAGGAAGCCGAAUUACAGAAUGCCGUAGUCAUUCAGAGAGCUGAGAAAACAACCGAACCUUUCGAAGGACUAUUAUAGUAUCGGUUCGUUACAGACCAUCAGUGGGAAAGUUCCAGAAGAUGGACUGUUCUGGGUGGGAUGGACAGACCGAAACCGGAAAAGUCCGAGUCAGGAUUAUUUGACACAGGGCCCGGGAAAGAAUUAGCUGUCAUUUUAGCGGAAGAUUUGUAAAUGAAAGAUGACAAAACCAAAAAGCAACUGGGUCAGUAUUACUUGGAAUGCAGUGCACUUUUCUUCAAAAAGGCGGCUACUCCUGAAGUCUAAAACGUGGUAUUUAUUUUCGUAUAUUGCCUAUUGUCAUGAGUUUUAUAAUGGAUGCUCGUAUCGUUUGGAAUCUGAUAUUGGCCAUAAAUGAGUAGCGUUCCUUCAAAAAUUGUUCAUUGCCUUUUAGAAAGCUACGUUAGCUCAUUAAAAGUGUAUUUUGAACUUCUGUCUGAUGAACCAGGUCAAAGCUUCAAUAGAGUUCUUAGUUUCCUAGUUAAAAUUUAAUGGUUGAUAAGUAGCUCUGUCGUCUGCAUCAGUGUUGGCCUGUGUGCUUGGGAACACAUGGAUUUGCGGUGUUCAUUCUUCCCAAUAUUACAGGUGCAUUUUAAUUUCUGAAAGAUCCAGGGCAGUUUGGCAGCAGUAGCCAAAGAAAUUCUUUCAAUCGUAUUUAUUGAGCACUUACUGUGUGCAGAGCACUGUACUAAGCACUUCUACUAAGAAAUGACAUCUUUGGAGAAAGCGCAAUCAGUAGUUUCAGCAUUAUCAUCUAUUCUUGCUCCAAUAACCGUUAAAUGUGAUCAGUAUUACCUAAUAAGUGCACAUAAGAUUUCUACCCACUUUAUUUCCUUGUGUUGUCUUAUGAAGAAACGUGCGUGUCCCUUCUUUCCCAGCCUGCCCUCCCACUUUUCACCUUCACCAGGACUUCUGCUUUAUCGUCUCCUUUAUAUCUCACAUUUUUCCUUUAUUUUAGGUUGUGUGUUUGGCAAUAUCAUCUGUGCUCUCUUUUGCUGUUUAUUCAUCGAAAAUGAAUCGAUAAAGCUACAUAGCCUGAACGCAGUUUUUAUGUAGAAAGCAAAAAGCUUAUCCUGUGACAUGACAGUUGUUACUCAUGGAAAACCUCACAUAUCGACCUGCAUUCUUUAUGUUAAUUAUUUGGUAGAUAAAAUUGUCACAAGGAAGAAUUAAGUUUUUCCAGCCAAACCUAGAUAGGGACACUUCACUGCCCCUUCUUAUCCUUGGUAAAUUGGAUCCUCCUACCGCUUUAUUUGUCUGAAAACGAUAAAUAAAACUGGAAAACUAUCAAGACAAUUAGCUCUAGAGUGAACUUUUAUUAGGUGGGUAAGAAGGAAAUAACUUCUGUUGAUAAUGGUAAGAUUGAGCAGUUACUUCCAUGCCCUCUCCAGUAAGAUGUACACUGUUAGUAGCAUUGUAAAGCCAGCGUUUUCGUAACCAGAGGGGUUUAAGCUACUUUUAAUGACCUGAAAGCUUUGACACCCAAUUGUCUCCAUUUUCCUUUUCAAUUGUGACCAUGAUUUCGUAUUGUGACUGAUUUUCAAAGAAUUGCUACAAGCGGAGCAUAAAUCUAGAAUCUUUUCCCUGGGAGAGUAGACAGGUAUGGUUAAAACAUUGUUAGGGUAUUAGGGAAAAUGGGAGCCCGUUGGGUUUGAUGCAGUUUAGUUUGGGACCUGGGUUCUAAUCUCGGCUCUGCCACUCGCCUGCUGUGUGACCGUGGGCAAGUCACUU